GGAUGUUGCUCAAUGACCAUUUUUACACGGACAGAGCUACAUUGGUAAUUUUUAAAAUGCGCAGGACUUCUGAUGUAUAAAGUUCAUGUGACAUUCAAAGGGUUGAACCAUGGCAUCUGCAAACAGUCCCUACAGUUCUGAAGGCACAACAAAUGUUAACAGGGUUUGUCGUCUUCUUCUUGGACCCUGCACCGAUCAAUUGCGAGAUGUUCUUCGCAAUCAGGUUCCGCCACCAACAUUUGCUACUGUAGCUAUGAAACAGAGGCAAAAUCUUACAAGAUUAACUCCCCAACAAAGGGAUCUUAUUUUGCCUCACAAUGCGUACUACACUGGAAAUUAUGACGACUUCGACAUUUCCUUGUUGUAUUCUCUUUUAAGGAACAUAUGUAAUAUUACACCGCACAAAAAUGGUUGGGGUAAUGACCCGGAUUUAUUUGAUCGAAGUCUUUCUGCAAAUAUUGAAAGAAUACGAAUAGCCCGAAACUCGACUGCUCACUCUGCAAGAUUAUCUCUUACAAACCUUGAAUUUAUGGAUAUUUGGAAUUCUGUUCGAGGUGCAGUAGUGGAAAUGGAUGCAAUCCUUUCGAAUGGAAAUCAUUUUCAGAAGGAAGUUGAUGUUUUGAGAUAUAUAACAAUGGAUCCUGUCCAAGACAAGUAUUACAGACAACAACUAGCCAAACAAUAUGCCGAGGAUCAAGAUACCAAAAACUUCAUUCGGAUACUUGAGAAAAACAUGGAAUGUAAUCAAAGAGAGACAGCCAGCAAGAUAAAUCAUCUCUCAGAAAACAUGGAAUGUAAUCAAAGAGAGACAGCCAGCAAGAUAAAUCACCUCUCAGAAAACAUGGAAUGUAAUCAGAGAAACACAGCCAGCAAGAUAAAUCAUCUCUCAGAAAACAUGGAAUGUAAUAAGAGAGACACAGCCAGCAAAAUAAGCCACCUCUCAGAAAACAUGGAAUGUAAUCAGAAAGACACAGCCAGCAAGAUAAAUCACCUCUCAGAAAACAUGGAAUGUAUUCAGAGAGACACAGCCAGCAAGAUAAGUCACCUCUCAGAUACAUUAAAAGAAAAAAUGAGCAUAUAUUCUCUAAGACAGAAGAAAUUUCAGGAUGAGCUAAAAGGAGAUUUUCAGAGGCAGAAAUCAAUUAGCAUACCAGAAAACAUAAGAGAUCUACAUAGAAAAAUAUUGGAUUCAUGGAAGAAAGGAGUCUUUUUUGAAACCUCCUCAUAUGGAAACAUGAAAGAAUUUUUUUUAUCCAAUCAAAUUGUGGUUGUGGUUGGGCCUCCUGGGUCUGGAAAAACCGCUUUGAUCCGCCACAUCGCUUUACAGCUUGAGUCCGAGUAUCAGAUUGUUCCAGUCUCCAAACCUGAGGAAAUUAUCAACUACGGCGAUCUAAACAGACCACAAAUAUUUGUCAUAGACGAUGUAUUAGGUGUUUUUACUUUAGAAAGAAAUUUGUUGUCAGAUUUAGAAAGACAUAGUAAACAAAUCGAAGAUGUUCUUAAUAGAAGAUCAAAAUUUCUCAUGUCCUGUAGAUUGGCAGUAUACAAUGAGGCAAAGUUAUUAGAUGUAGUGUUUCUUGAAAUUGAUAAAAUCCUUAAUUUGAAUGAAAAGAAUAUUCUUACUUCUGAAGAUCAAAAAGGUAUAUUUGAAUCUCAUAUGAACAAUGCAGGGAUUUCAUGUGAAAUAGAUUUAAAACUUUUGCACAGAAAGGACGUCUUCAUGUUUCCACUUCUCUGUCAAAUGUUUAGCAGUGACAAAAGCGUCAGACAACACGGAGAAGAGUUUUUUACCCGUCCAUCCAAGUGCUUACAAUCAGAAAUAAAUAAGAUUCAGAAGAGAAAUAAAAUACAAUAUUUAUCAAUUGUUCUCUGCAUGCUUAACAAUAAUUGCCUAUCUGAAGAAAUGCUUAGUAAAUGCAAAAUGUUCCAAGAAGUAUGCAGAUCUUGCAAAGUUAAGGAAAACACUGAAAAUUGGGAAAUAUUUAAGGAAUUGUCACACUUAAUAGACACCUACAUUACAAAAGAUGAUGAAAGAUAUACAUUUAUCCAUGAUUCAAUAUUUGAAGUUGUUGCAUAUCAAUAUGGACAGCAAUUUCCUGAUCAAAUUUUGGACUAUAUGAACAGUAAUUUUAUUGCAAACAAAGUUGUUUUGGACACCAAAGAAAAUACAUGUAAUGACGCAAAAUGCAUAAGAUUAAACAAGUUCCAAUAUGAAAAACUUGCAAAAAGAUUGUAUGCUGAUGUUAAGUCUGGAAAACUACACGAUGUCUUCUUAAAUAAAGCAUUGAGGGACUGUGUCUUCAAACAAAAGUUCAUAGACAGUUUGAAAAGAAUGCCAUAUGAAGAUGUCAAAAAAGAAUUUUUAUUACCUAGAAAAGAAAGUUUCGAUAAUGUAGUUUUUGACUCACAGAAAGAAAGUGAAAAACAAAUCGACGAAACAAAAGGACAGAGAGAGUCUGAAAGACAAAAUCUUCUGCUUGGUCUAAAAUGCAUUGACCAAAAGAAAAUCUAUGAAAUACGUGCUCUUAGUUUCAUAAUCUAUUACGGGCACCUCGAUUUGCUUAAUUAUUUUAUAAAAUUGGUGAAAAGAUAUCAGGCAUUAGAUAUCAUUUUUGGAUCUUCACCCGAAGAACAAGUAAGACUUCUUGUAUUGGCGUGUUUCAAUGGAAAUUUAGAUAUGGUGAAAAUUCUGGUGGAAUAUAUUAGAAAGGAAAAUAUCAGUUCAAUGCCUGUAGGAGAUAUCAAACCAUCGCACAAUAAACAUCGAUACAUUACUCCAGUGAUUGCUGCUUGCUUGAGAGAGAAAUAUGACGUUGUAAAAUACUUAGUUGAUAAUGAAGCAGAUUUAAAUCCUCAAAAAAGUUAUUAUCCUGCUUUAUGGACACCAGCUAGAACCGGGGAUCUCAGAAAAGUAAUGGAGUUACUCAAAUUUGGUGCUGAUUGUAACAAAUGUAGUGGAAGGGAAAUUUCUCCUUUGUAUAUGGCAUCAAGAUUCGGUCAUUUGGAAGUCGUUAAAAAACUCAUUGAGCAUGGUGCCGACAUUAACAAGUGUGAUAUUAAAGGUUGGUCAUCUUUGCAUAUAGCAUCACUACAUGGCCAUUCAUUUGUUUUAGAAACAUUAAUCCAUAAGGGUGCUGAGUGCGAUCGAUGCGAUAAAAAUAAAGUAACUCCUUUACAUAGAGCGUCUUUAGAAGGUCAUGUUCCUGUUGUAGAAAUUUUAUUGAAAAAUGGUUCAAACAUCAACAAGUGUGAAAUUCAUGGUUCAUCGUCUUUGCAUCUAGCUUCAUUAAAUGGUCAUUUGUCUGUUGUAGAGACAUUACUACUGCACGGUGCUGAGUGUGAUAGAUGCGAUGAAGAAAAUCUAACACCCCUACAUUUUGCUUCAUUUAGAGGAUUUGUUCUUGUUGUAGAAAAAUUAAUAGAACAUGGUGCUGACGUCAACAAGUGUAACAAUAAUGGUCGGUCUUCUCUGCAUUUAGCUUCACAAAAUGGUCAAUUGUCAGUCGUAGAAAAAUUAAUUUCCCACGGUGCUAAAUGUGACCAAUGCGAUAUAAAUAAAUCAACUCCUUUGCAUUUUGCAUCCGAGGAAGGCCAUCUUCCUGUUGUAGAAAAACUGAUUGAACAUUGUGCUGAUGUCAAAGUAUGUAACAUUCAGGGUCAGUCGCCUCUGCAUUUAGCAUCAAAACGUGGUCAUUUGCAUGUAGUAGAAACAUUAAUUCGACACGGUGCUAAAUGUGACCAAAGCGAUAUAAAUAAAUCAACUCCUUUGCAUUUUGCAUCCGAGGAAGGCCAUCUUCCUGUUGUAGAAAAACUGAUUGAACAUUGUGCUGAUGUCAAAGUAUGUAACAUUCAGGGUCAGUCGCCUCUGCAUUUAGCAUCAAAACGUGGUCAUUUGCAUGUAGUAGAAACAUUAAUUCGACACGGUGCUAAAUGUGAUCAAUGCGAUAACAAUAAAUUAACCCCUCUACAUAAAGCGUCUUUUGGGGGUCAUUCUCUCGUGGUAGAAAAAAUUAUUGAAAGUGGAGUCGAUAUCAACAAGUGUGAUAAUAAAGGUUCAUCACCUCUUCUUUUAGCCAUAUGGGAGGGCCAUCUUCCAGUUGUCGAAAAGCUCAUUGAACACGGUGCAGACACAAACACCUGUUAUAUAAAUCGUUGGACACCUCUCCUUUUAGCGUCAUGGGAAGGCCAAGUUUUAAUUGUAGAAAAAUUACUCGGAAGCGGUGCCGAUGUCAACAAGUGUAAUAAUUAUGGUUGGUCACCCCUACUUUUAUCGUCAUGGAAAGGUCAUUUAUCAGUUGUAGAAAUACUUAUUAUGCACGGUGCCGAUAUCAACAACGUAUAUAUUAAUGGUUGGUCACCUCUAUCUUUAGCAUCUUGGGAAGGCCAUCUUUCAGUUGCAGAAAAACUCAUUGAGCAGGGAGCUGACAUCAACAAAUGUGAUGUCAAUAGUCAGUCAUCAAAGAAUCCAAAGAAUAAUCAGACAGUUGAAACAAACAUUAAAGAACAUUUAAUGGGUCAUUCUCCAAUUGUAGAAAUAACGAGUGAAAACGUUACCGACAUCAACCAGUGUGAUAAUAAUGGUUCAUCACCUUUGCUUUUAGCGAUAUGGAAAGGGCAUCUGUCAGUUGUAGAAAAGCUUGUUGAACAGGGUGCAGACAUAAAUAGGUGUUAUAAAAAUGGUUGGUCACCUUUACUUUUGUCGUCAUGGAAAGGCCAAUUUCAAAUUGUAGAAAAACUUUUGAUGCAUGGUGCUGACAUCAAUAACUUGUAUAUUAAUGGCUGGUCACCUUUAUCUUUAGCAUCAUGGGAGGGUCAUCUUUCGGUUGUAGAAAAACUGAUUGAGUACGGUGCUGAUGUGAACAAAUAUGAUGCUAAUGGUCAGUUACCUCUGCAUUUAGCGUCAAAGAAUGGCCAUUUGUCUGUGGUGAAAACAUUGAUUCUGCAUAGUGUUUAAUGAA